GGCAGUAUUGAUUUUUGACGUUUUACUGUCAGAUUAAAGUAAAUUAUUUUUUAGGUUACAUCAAAACAAAUUCGAUUAUAAAGGAAUUUUUCGAAAAAGAAUGGCUCAUGUACAAUAUAUGGAUGAAUUAAUUAAGGAAUAUCUACUCUAUAGAGGUUUUACGGCGACUGUUAAAGCUUUUGAUAAUGAUUUAAAGGCUGAUAAAGAAAAGGGGUUCCGUGUGGAUAAAAUAACAGAUCAUAUUGUUCAUUUAAUUAAUAAUUAUGAUUUGAAUUCGCUGAGGGAUUUGUGGGUGCAUUUAGAUAAUCAUAUGUUCUCAAAAUUGGAGAGCAAUUUCAUCCCAGGCGUUAAGAAACUGGAAAACGCUGUUCUUAAAAUGUAUUUAGUAAAUACCAUUGUUAAUAAUAAACCAGAAAAGGUUACAGAGUUCUUUAGCAAGAUGACUAGUGAAUUACAAAGUCGAGAAGAAUGGAAAGAAUGGUUUGUGUUGCCAUAUAUAAAAAAUCCUGAGGAAAAUCCAACAUUUUCACUUUAUUUUACUAAACAUUGGCAAGAUAUUUUAUUGGUGUCUUUACAUAACUUUUUAGCUUCCGUUUUUCAAUAUAUGCCAACACCGACUUUAAUGAGUUUCGAAGAAGACGCAAAUAAAAUAAAUAAAUUAGAAGCUAAAAACGAUUCAUUAAAAAAAACUUUAGCUCUUUUAAUUGAUAAAGGCCCCGAAGCUGUCGCUCCGUGUCAAGUUGCUCCACCAUCCCACGAUAUUUACGAUGAUUUUUAUACAAUAGCACAAGAAAACAAUGCGGUUGAAAAUCAAGCGAAAAGUUUAAAGAAUUUGAUACGAAAUAUAAGUAGCGGAUCUAGCCCCAUUUUGGGGAGAAAAGAUGUUCAUGGCGGGAAAAAGCGAUUAGGAUCGAUCUCGGGAAAAAGUGGUAAAAGUCAAACUUCGCAAUUUGAAACAUAAAAUAUACAUAUUUAUUUACGAAAAAUACUUUUUUAAUAUUCAUAAUAGUAAAUAGGAAGAACUAAAAUGUAUUUACAUAAAAAAUUAUCUUAAAAUUGGCCAAGAAUUAAUAAAAUUGCACCGUAAUUAAAAUUAACAACAAGAAAUUGGCAUAGGUUUUAAUCGAAUUUAAUUUUUGCCUUCAUUUUUAAUGUUUUAAAUCAAAUAUUUCAAUGAGCAACGGUUCAACUUCAGAAGGAUUUACAUUUAAAUAACAACUAACAACCUCUUCAUUUAAUUUAUGAAGUUCAGAUAUUUUUUGUAUUAGUUUCAAAAACGUCGAUUUUGCUUCACAACCCGGAAAUGUACUUUCUAGAUAUCUUCUUAAAAGGUAAUAAUAGGAAUUCUGUAAUCAAAUAAAAAUCAUAUUAGUGUAUAAAUUAGAAAAUGUAUUUAUCAGUAACAUAUUCGGUUCAAUCUAACAUACAUUGAACCUCCUUGAAAUACACCUGUUCAAAUUAACGAUAAAAGAUAAUUUUUUAUAUCUACAAAUUUUUAUUUAUUAAAUUACCACUUGUUUUUACAA